ACUCGGAUUGCUUAGGCAGUACCAGUUUAUACCUUUUGUUUCAGGGGCACCCUCUUCCAGGUGUCUCAUUUUAAGUGCUAUUAUUUGGCCACCCUAUUUAUCAAAUACCUCUUUGCACUUUUCAAGAUGGUGGGUCCUUUUGGUGGUGAAACUUGUGCCAUAGGCUUAUGUUGGCCAGAGGUGGGUAUAAAUCUCAUCUCUGGCACUUACUAGAAACGUGAUCAGGACAAGUUACCAAGACCUCUGUAAGCACUCUUAUGUGGCUGCUGUGUUCAAAACAGCGACAAUCUUGAAUAUGGAAUUUUUCAGUAAUAUCCACGUGUCAGUAUUUAUAACCUUAUCAAGAUUUUGUCAGGGGGAAGAUAUGUCUAGGGAAAUAAAUAUUUCACAGAGUUGUUAAAUCUCUAGAUCUUCCGUAUUAGAGAUCACACAACCAAAUGUAAGGACAGAGUUCUUGCUACUUGGCUGUUUCAGCUAGUUAUCAAUAGAAAGGCUAAAGGUCACAAAAAUUGGACUCCAGCCUCAUCAUUUGUCUCUUCCAGGGAGAAGAGGAGAGCAGGCACAGCAGAGCAUGAGGAUGGGACUUUUGUGGUGUGUGAUGAGUCUCUACUUCUAUGGGAUCCUUCAAAGUGAUGCCUCAGAACGCUGUGAUGAUUGGGGACUUGAUACCAUGAGGCAGAUCCAAGUGUUUGAAGAUGAGCCAGCUCGCAUCAAGUGCCCACUCUUUGAACACUUCUUGAAAUACAACUACAGCACAGCCCACUCGGCGGGCCUUACUCUGAUCUGGUAUUGGACGAGGCAGGACCGGGACCUGGAGGAGCCGAUUAACUUCCGCCUCCCUGACAACCGCAUCAGUAAGGAGAAAGACGUGCUCUGGUUCCGACCCACCCUCCUCAAUGACACGGGCAACUACACCUGCAUGUUAAGGAAUACCACAUACUGCAGCAAAGUUGCGUUUCCUCUGGAAGUGGUUCAAAAAGACAGCUGCUUCAAUUCCUCCAUGAAACUCCCACUGCAUAAACUGUAUAUAGAGUAUGGUGUUCAGAAGAUCACGUGUCCAAAUGUAGAUGGAUUCUUUCCUUCCACCGUCAAACCAACCAUCACUUGGUACAUGGGCUGUCAGAAAAUACAGGAUUUUAAUAAUGUGAUACCUGACGGCCUGAACUUGAGUUUUCUCAUAGCCUUGGUUUCAAACAAUGGAGAUUACACAUGUGUUGUUACAUAUCCAGAAAAUGGGCGUACCUUCCAUCUCACUAGGACUCUGACUGUAAAGGUGGUAGGCUCUCCAAAAGACGCAUUGCCUCCUCAGAUCUAUUCACCCAAUGAUCUUGUGGUUUACGAGAAAGAACCGGGAGAGGAGCUACUCAUCCCCUGUACAGUCUAUUUCACUUUCCUGAAGGAUGCUCGCAAUGAGGUUUGGUGGACCAUUGACGGAAAAAAGCCAGAUGACACCAAUAUCGAUGUAACUGUAAAUGAAAGUGUAAGUUUGACUGCAACUGAAGAUGAAACAAGAACUCAGAUUUUGAACAUCAAAAAAGUUACUGCUGAGGAUCUCAAGCGCAACUAUGUCUGUCAUGCUAGAAAUGCCAAAGGGGAGGUUGACAAAGCAGCCAAGGUGAAACAGAAAGUUCCAGCUCCAAGAUACACAGUGGAAUUAGCAUGUGGUUUUGGAGCCACAGUCCUGCUGGUAGUGAUUCUCAUUGUUGUUUACCACGUUUACUGGCUGGAGAUGGUCUUAUUUUACCGGGCUCAUUUUGGAACAGAUGAAACCAUUUUAGAUGGGAAGGAAUAUGAUAUUUAUGUAUCUUAUGCAAGGAAUGCUGAGGAAGAAGAGUUUGUGUUACUGACCCUCCGUGGAGUUUUGGAGAAUGAAUUUGGAUACAAGCUGUGCAUCUUUGACCGUGACAGUCUACCUGGGGGAAUUGUCACAGAUGAGACCUUGAGCUUCAUUCAGAAAAGCAGACGCCUCCUGGUUGUCCUAAGCCCCAACUACGUGCUCCAGGGAACCCAAGCCCUCCUGGAGCUCAAGGCUGGCCUAGAAAACAUGGCCUCUCGGGGCAACAUCAACGUCAUUUUAGUACAGUACAAGGCGGUGAAGGAGACGAAGGUGAAAGAGCUGAAGAGGGCUAAGACGGUGCUCACGGUCAUUAAAUGGAAAGGGGAGAAAUCCAAGUAUCCACAGGGCAGGUUCUGGAAGCAGCUGCAGGUGGCCAUGCCAGUGAAGAAAAGUUCCAGGUGGUCUAGAAGUGGCGAGCAGGGUCUCUCCUAUUCAUCCUUGAAAAAUGUAUGAAAGGGACAACGAAAGGGGUAAAAAGAACCAAGGGAACUCCAGGAAGGAAGAGUCCCCUUUCUUUAUUCCCAGUGUCUUGUUUCACAGACAGAAAAGAAUUCUGUCGAAGCCUCCCCCGAGGGACGUAUGCAGGGUGACUGUAUGACUGGUUGUUCCUCAGGCAAUACUAUGGUUUAGAA